UCCCGGCUCCGUUUUCCCAAUUGACUGCAAUCAUGAUCAAAUUUUAAGACGCUACUCUCGAUCAAGCUUUAUCCACAGGUCUUCUCUUUCUUCCUUCCACAAUCCAUCCAGCGUCUAGCAGAAACCCUUGAUUGUAUUUUUCUGUUCCGGACUACAUGGUGUUGUUUGAGCUAGGUCAUUAUUUUAUUUUCUUUUACUUUUGAAAAGGAGUGCUUUUCCCAGAUUACCGUUCCUUUGUAUGAUAUGGGAGGGCCACUACAAUUGUGGAAUGGGAGACUGGUCACGCUUCUGCUGUUGAUGCCAGGAGUUCUGGGUUGGGGAGAUGAAGGCCACUAUGCGAUUUGUAAAAUAGCGGAGGAGUAUCUUAGUGAAGAUGCUCUAUUUGCAGUGAAACAGUUGCUUCCUCAUUCUGCUGAAGGUGAUUUUGCUGCAGUUUGCUCUUGGGCUGAUAAGAUUCGGUUCCAUUACCACUGGAGUAGUCCUUUACAUUAUGUUGACACUCCAGAUUUCAAAUGUAACUAUAAAUACUGCAGAGACUGCCAUGAUUCUUAUGGACAUAAAGAUAGAUGUGUGACCGGAGCGAUAUACAACUAUACAAUGCAACUCAAAUCAGCUUAUGCAGGCAAUAAUUCUGAUUUAAGAUACAAUUUGACUGAGGCACUUAUGUUCUUGUCACAUUUUGUUGGGGAUGUCCAUCAGCCCUUGCAUGUUGGUUUCACCGGGGACCUUGGUGGGAACACUAUAAUAGUUCGUUGGUACCGCAGGAAAACAAAUCUUCAUCAUGUAUGGGAUACCAUGAUUAUUGAUUCUGCUCUAAAACAAUUCUAUAGCUCAGACCUUUCAACUAUGAUACAAGCCAUCCAAACUAACAUUACACAAACUUGGUCCAAUGAUUUAUCAAGCUGGGAAGACUGUGCAAAUAACUACACUACUUGUCCAGAUCGGUAUGCUUCUGAGAGUGUGAGUUUAGCAUGCAAAUUUGCUUACAGGAAUGCAACGCCAGGAAGCACUUUGGAAGAUGAGUACUUCCUUUCUCGGCUUCCUAUAGUGGAGAAAAGACUGGCUCAGAGUGGCCUGCGGUUGGCUGCAACCCUAAACCGCAUAUUUGCUUCUCAGACCAGAAUUGUUCAAAGCUUAAAGAUACACGGGGACAUUGGCGUUUCUUAGUGUAUUAUUCCCCACAAUGAUGUGUACUUUAUGUAAAUUAAAGGCAGCAACAAAUCUUAUCUCACUAAAUGAGAUCGGUUACAUAAAUUGUGUAACAUCAUUGUCUUCUGUAUUAUUCAUCAUGAAAUCAUGUAAAUCAGAUACCAAUGGUAUCAGAUGUUUCUGAUUUA